CCUCUAUGUGACCGCUUUAACAAAAAGGAGUUCAACCAACUUUAUAGACCUUUACAAAAUCCUUAUACAUAUUAACAAGUUCAACUCAAUUGUAUUAUCACUCACUAGAGCUCAACCAUUUAAUAUUUUCCCAACAAAGCCAUUGAAUCAUUUUCAAGAUUUAAUAUUUUUUCAUUCCAAUUCAAGUCAAGGUAUGCUUGGGAAAGUUUUUGUCUUGUUGGUCGCAGGUCUAGCAUGGGCAUUCCCAGCCCUCCUACCUCCACCUCCUAAAAUUUGUGGCUCUCCUGGUGGUCCAACAUUUACCGGACCUAGAAUCAAACUUAGGGAUGGAAGACAUUUGGCUUAUAAGGAGCAUGGUGUACCUAAAGAUACGGCCAAACAAAAGGUCAUAUAUGCACAUAGCUUUGGUUCUACCAGAUAUGAGUCAGCUAUUGCACCCUUGGAAACACUUGAAGAAUUAGGGGCAUAUGUUGUCUCUUUUGAUAGACCUGGUUAUGGGGAAAGCGAUCCACAUCCAAAACGAACCAUACAAACUACAGCUUUGGACAUGGAAGAACUUGCUGAUCAACUCGGACUUGGCCCUAAAUUUUAUGUUAUAGGGUUUUCGAUGGGUGGUCAUUCUGUUUGGGGUUGCCUUAAAUACAUCCCUGAUCGGUUAGCUGGAGCAGCUUUAGUUGCUCCCGUAGUCAAUUACUGGUGGCCUGGUUUUCCUGCUAAUUUAUCCAAAGAAGGAUACAAUGUACAGCUCCCACAGGACCAAUGGGCACUUCGAGUUGCACAUUAUGCGCCUUGGCUAGUCUACUGGUGGAACACUCAGAAGUGGUUCCCGUACAAUAGUGUUAUAGCUGGAAAAGCCAAAUUAUCUCCCCCAGAUUUGGAACUCAUAAUAAAGUGGAGUUUUAUUCCUGAAUAUGCUGUAAAACAAGGAGUAUUCGAGUCCCUCCACCGUGACAUGAUGGUGGGGUUUGGGAAAUGGGAUUUUGAUCCUAUGGAUCUUAAGAACCCUUUCCCAAACGGUGAAGGCUCGGUCCACUUGUGGCAUGGUGACCAAGACUGGGUUGUACCUGUUAUAUUACAGCGCUACGUUGCAGAAAGGCUUCCAUGGAUACACUACCAUGAAGGUCCAACAUUUACCGAACCUAGAAUCAAACUUAGGGAUGGAAGACAUUUGGCUUAUAAGGAACAUGGUGUACCCAAAGAUACGGCCAAAUAUAAGGUCAUAUAUGCGCACAGCUUUGGUUCUACCAGAUAUGAGUCAGCUAUUAUACCCUUGGAAACACUUGAAGAAUUAGGGGUGUAUGUUGUCUCUUUUGAUAGACCUGGUUAUGGGGAAAGCGAUCCACAUCCAAAACGAACCAUACAAACUACAGCUUUGGAUAUGGAAGAGCUUGCUGAUCAACUCGGGCUUGGCCCUAAAUUUUAUGUUAUGGGGUUUUCGAUGGGUGGUCAUUCUGUUUGGGGUUGCCUUAAAUACAUCCCUGAUCGGUUAGCUGGAGCAGCUCUAGUUGCUCCCGUCGUCAAUUACUGGUGGCCUGGUUUCCCUGCUAAUUUAUCCAAAGAAGGAUACAAUCUACAGCUCCUACAGGACCAAUGGGCACUUCGAGUUGCACAUUAUGCGCCUUGGCUAGUCUACUGGUGGAACACUCAGAAGUGGUUCCCGUACAAUAGUGUUAUAGCUGGAAAAGCCAAAUUAUCUCCCCCAGAUUUGGAAGUUGCUUCUGGAAUUGCUAAGCAUGCAAGUGAAAGCCAAAAACUUAAGGAAUAUGCUGUAAAACAAGGUGUAUUCGAGUCCCUCCACCGUGACAUGAUGGUGGGGUUUGGGAAAUGGGAUUUUGAUCCUAUGGAUCUUAAGAACCCUUUCCCAAAUGGUGAAGACUCGGUCCACUUGUGGCAUGGUGACCAAGACUGGGUUGUACCUGUUAUAUUACAACGUUACAUUGCAGAAAGGCUUCCAUGGAUCAACUACCAUGAAAUGCCCAAUGUUGGACAUCUAGUUAUGCAUGAUCCAGCCAUGAAGGAGGUUAUUUGGAAGACAUUUUUGACAGGAAAGAAAGAACAGAUAGUGCAUUCUUAAAGUGGAAAGCUGAAAAAAAAUGUCUUGUUUUUUUCCAGCUAAGUCAUUAGUAUUUAGGUUUGCAGAUACACAUUCCAAUAUUAUUGUAACAGUUAUAUGUCUUAUCCUGUAAGAAUGCCAAGUCGUUAAAAAUAUUUGUGUCAAGUGACGAAAAUAGGCAUAUUCAAAGUUGGAGUAAGAAA